AUGACGACAAUACGAGUGUCUCUAGUAGCAGCACAGAAGGAUAUACAUAUAUAUCUCUACCGCUACAAGGAAAAGAAAGUUGAAAAAAAGGCUGCCAACCCCUCAGACCGGGAGAGCCAAGCCUCUGAUCAAAUAAUAUAUACAAAGACAAAAUCCGCGCAACAACAAUCGCAGGGCUUCCGAUCUAUCACCAAAUACGAGCAAUUAUUUCAGGCGUCCUUAGUGCGGUGCCAAGUCAGCUGUGAAAAGUUGAUAGACGGUUUAUAUGAAGCUACUGACGCUUUCAAAAAUGCCGGACACGCCUAUGAAACAGUACUUAGAGUCCAUGAAAAACUCGCAGAUCCCAAAAACGAAGUCGAAGACAUCCACCAAGAGCUUGAAGACGCCAAAAAAGAGCUCGAAGACGCUAAGAAAGCAGCGCAAAGUACCCAAGAAAAAAUUGAAGACGCCAAACGAGAAGCCGAAUAUGACAAAAGAUUUGCUAUGAACGUGAAGGAACUCCAAGUACAUGUGGAAAAUCUUGAAAAUUGA